AUGAGUUCGGGUUCAGAGCAAAACGGUUCAGACCAUUCUCAGAAGCCAAAAUCCGUACUCAGUCGCCCGAUCGGUGGCGUAUCCAUCUUUGGUGGAAAUCCCGGUCUACUAGGCGAUUUGAAAUCUCGCCUGAAAAAAACCAAUCCAUCAGAGGAAGAACGAGUAGAUCCCCAAUCUUCACAAAACACCCCGGACAUUCCGUCUCCAAGCACCCAAAACUCUGUGAUCGAAGAGAGCCUAGUGUCACCAACCGGAGGCAACAGUAAAACCUCUUCAACUCCUAACUCAGAAUCAACCGAUGGUCUGCUUCCAAACUUAACACGUCAUCGGGCACGAAAGCCGCAAACACGUCGCCCAACAUUCAGACAUUCAACACUUGUUGUGCCUCUUGAAACGGAUCUGGUGAACUCGUCCACAAAAAUAGGCACUGACUGGGAUGAGCUUAACAGAUUCUUUGGCCCAUUAAACAGUGAGGGUAACCGCGUUUCGUUAUCGCCAAAGCCACGUGUCGUAUCUGUUGCGCUGCCUACAGUGCCAGGCGUGUCUCGUCCGAAACCCAAAAAAUCAGAAUCAGAAUCGGAAACAGAAUCGCAGUCAGAAACAGAAUCAGAUUCCAGCGAUUCGGAACCGCAGAUGAUGGCACCAAACUCAACACUUGCAAAAUCCGAUAAAAAUACGCCUGAAUCAUCAGAAGGUGACACUGGUGUUCCGUCACAAGAGUUGUCAAAACUAGAAGCUGCGUCGCCAGUGGCUGAACCGCAAGAUAAAGUAGGUGUGGAGCCUUCGUCAGAAUCAUCAGGGAUAGAGUUGGAAGCCCCGGUGAACUCAUCUUUAGAUGCAAUAUCUAUAUCGUCAAAGUCACCAUCCGUUGGAAUAUCAGAGUCAAAUAAAGAGCUAACAACAAAAGAAGUAACAGGAACAGAAAUCUAUGGAUCAAAACUCGAUUCAACUACGUCACCAACAGUGAAGACACCGCUAGCAACAGAAACAAAAUCGGCUUCCUCCGCCUCUGCUGCGUCAGUGCCUAGUGCAAAACCUAGCGCUCCAACAUUUCUAUCACCGGAAUCAACUAAAACUCGGUCGUCUUUCGCAGCAUCAAUAUCAGAGUCUACCAUCAAAUAUGAAGGAUCACCAGAAGCAAUAACACCUGAGAAAACAGACGAGGUGUUACCACUGACAACGUUAAGGUCACGAUCUGUGUUAUCCGCCACGGAAGAAAAGACUACCGAAACUAAAGACCCAGUAGAUUCUUCUUCAAAACGGCCACCCCUCACACCCUCAGAAACACCAAAACCAGAGUGUAGUCCCAAAAUUGCAUCCAGCGGGAAACCAUUACCAUCGGAUUUGGAACCUGACAUACGUCCUACGGGACCACCGAUAAGGAAUUUUGUUGGCCUUUAUCCUACAUUACCUGAUUUUGUCACUCGGUCACCAGCCACGAUUAAGCCGAAUCCAAUAUCUGCUGCAUCGGAAGGGUCGGGUACACCGCCCACAGCGACGUUAGUUACAGAACCCAGACCAACGGAUUCAGCCACCGAAGCGCCAUUAGCCAACUCGCAGUCUACAACAUCUUCGUCCUCGUCCUCCUAUUCUUCUUCAUCAUCAUCCGAAUCAUCGCCUCCAACUCCCGAAAAGCCAAUACCACCUCCUCGACCAUCUAAACCUCCAAAGCCCAAGAAUCUGCUGGAAAAACUAAAGGAUUUACCCACCUAUCCGGAACCAAGACUUUGUGAUUACGUUAAUGCAAGUCGUGUGAAUUCCAACAGCAAAGUGGAAAUUCUGAAAGUCAAAGAGCAUUUGUUGGAAGAACUGGAAACUGUUUACUACGAUCCAUUGCUACAAAAUGAUGACAAGUGA